AGUGCAGAACGCGCCUAACUGCAUCCCUACAUACAGUCGGCACAAUGGCGCGACCGUCGGAGCUGGCGCUGCUGAUAGUGGCGGUGGCUCUCGUCCAGUCCAGUGCUGUGCACGGCCACGCGCGGACCUUCACACGUUGCCAGCUCUCCAGAGAACUGCUGCGGUACAACUUCCCCAGAAGCCUCAUUGCGCACUGGGUCUGCCUGAUCGAGCACGCGAGCGGAAGGACAACAGAUAAGGUGACCAACCAUAACAACGCGUACACCAGCUAUGGACUGUUUCAGAUUAACAACAAAGAAUGGUGCAAGAAAGGGCGCAAGGGAGGCCACUGCAGUAUGAAAUGUGAAGACCUGUUGAACGAAGACCUGGCGGACGACGUAAGGUGUGCCAAGCGAAUCUACGACCGCGUCGGCUUCAAGGCCUGGCCCUCCUCCUACGCUUACUGCAAGGAGAAGAGCCUCCCUGACCUGUCUCGCUGCUAAAUCAAACUACCUCGUACCAUCGUCAUGCCGAAAAUAUGUACCGUCUAUUUCUAAUGCCGGUCGAAAUUGCAGUUUUCAAAAAAAGAACAUGGAAAUCAAAAAUAGAAUGAGUUUUGGUCGAUCGGCAAACAGUCAUAUUCAAUCAUUAAAUUCGAGUAAAUGGAAUUAUAAUAAUUAUCACAGAACAGAGAAGAUCAAUAUUUCUUUUGUUAAUUUUUUGGAUGCCAUACACUGUCAUUACGCGGCGAAUUCUUCUGGUGACGUCAUGAGUUCUUUUUUUAAAUGGAUAAACCAAAGAAAUAUGCUGAUAUGAAACAGCUUUCAAUUGUAAUAAGAACCCAUCUGAAUUUGCAAGCCUGUAUGUUCUGAAAUCAGCAAGCCUUGGAAAAAAUACAAGGUAAUAAGAAUCACUAUCUCAUUCUGGAUAUUUACAUUUUUAAUUACAUUCAUCUUAUGUGACAUUCCAUACAAUUCCGAUAGAUAAUAGAUAUUUUGAAAUUUAGUCUGUGUCAUUCAUCGUUAAGUAAUAAGUUAUUAUAAAUAUACAAUAAUAAGCAACUAGAUGUAAAAAAAGAGUGAGUGUUUAAGAUCACUCUUUUCCGGGUUAAGUGCAAAUAUUUUUAUAGUAAAGAAAUUCAACGUGUCUUUCUAUGUCUGUCUCAGGUUAACUCUUUUUAUAGAUAAUAGGUAAUAAAUAAAUAACACAUUAUUUUAUAAAAUAUAAUCUUUAAUUCAUAGUUUUUGGAGAGAUAGAAGAUACCGAGGCACUCAUUAUCUUGACAUUUAAAUACUUGCAAUAAAAUAGACCAUUACAUUAACGUCACUUUAUGGUUGUCUGGAAGAAAUCGUUUUAAGCGAUAAGGCCUCCAUUUACCAUGUACGUACCUAGUUUAAAUUGUACCAAUUUUCUUUUAUUUGGUGCAAAAAAGUAUAAUUGAAUUGACAUUGUUUCAUGAACCAAAAGUAUUUUGUUUAUGUUAAAAGAACGAAUGAAUUAAUAAGAAUAAAGCACCUACAAGGCAUACCUAUUUCAUCAAUGGUAAAAACAAUAUGUAGAUACCUAUAUAAUUUAAAAAAAGCAGAAUAAAUGUUGAAAUAGAAAGUGCUUUCUUCUACUUUUCAAAUACUAUCCUAGAAUUAGAAAUUAAAUAUCAACGAGUAAGUAAGUAAUAGUUACCAUAUUAUUUGUAUGUUUUCGUUUUUAAUAAAACCUAUAUUAUAUGUUAGUCUAGACUAUAUUUAGGUAACCUGAAUGAAACACUGCCGUACGUUUAGUGUUUUAUUACGACCUAAGCUAACUAUUAACUACCCAAAGAGGUUUUAGUUAAUUUAGCUUAAGUUUACCAUUUGUAUUAUUUUGUGUCGUUUACAACAUUUAUUUUGAGAAAGAAUAUUAUGUACAAUAUUAUAUUAAA